GCCUUGUCGCAAGUAGAGCCACGCGCUAUGAUGACAUCAGAGCGACGCUCUCUUGAAUCACCAUGUCGUUUUCUCGCACUGCAAUGUCACUGACGAGUUUGUUCAGUUUCGCGUCUAAAUGGAGACUGUGCAGAUGUACAACUGGUGAUUUAAUUUUCUGUAAUGUCGUUCAUAUAGCCCCCCUACGGCACAAGAGCUCUAUGACAGAUGGCAAAAAUGAAGCCAAGAAAGGGCAGCUGAAGACACCCAAAACACCACUGGGACGAUAUGAUGAUUCUUCACAAGACUCUGCUGAAAAAGAACCCUUGCAAAAAUUUCCCGAUGAUGUGAAUCCUGUCACAAAGGAGAAAGGAGGACCAAGAGGCCCUGAGCCUACUCGUUACGGAGACUGGGAAAGAAAGGGCCGUUGCAUUGACUUUUAGUGUUAAUGCUAUUUUUGUACAUUAUACUGUCUGUACUUGCAUGCUUUGUGAAAAUAAUUAUUUAAACUGGUUUAUCUAAAAUGCACAAAUGUAUAUUCUUGAAUAAAUUAAUACUGAAUCUCA